UUACAGGUGGGGGAAUCAACAUAGUCCACAGGUGUAGCAGAUUAGGCUACAACAUGUGCGAAAUUACAAUACAAAGCAUGCGCAAGUAGUAUUAAUGUUUGCGCGGGAAUCAUUUUAAACGGAUGCGCGUUCAGGACUCAAAAAUUACAGGUUUUAUGAAGUGGACAUUAUUACCUUUAUCUUUCCAAAAUGAGUUUGGAUACUCUCUUUCAAAAGAUUAUUUUAACCGAACAACAAAUAUCUGAGAAAUCAAGGCAAUUGCAGGAGGUCAAAGUUGCCAUCACCAGAUGUGAAGACAUGAUAAAGUCCAGGGCUGAAAAUAAUAAACGUGAUAACGAGAAUCUUGAAGAAAAGGCUCAGCAGCUGACUCAUAUCCAGUUCCAGUAUGAGCUCAUGAGGAAAAGUCAGGAUCAGAUGGAGAAACAGAACAACGAUCUUCUACAACAGCAGAACCAUCUCAAAGCACGCUUGGAUGAGAUAAAGAGGCAGUCAAGAGAAGAAAAGGAGAACUUCAUUCGAGAGAUACAGGCUUUCAACAAUGACUUUAACCUCUUGAGUAACAGGAAGAGCUUGUUGAAGAGCCAAACCCAGUCUGAAAUACAAGAGCUGGAGAAGGACAUCAGCACUCUAAACCAAGAGAUGGAGUACAUGACCCAGAGCGACAGCCGUGUCAAGUCCAUGCAAGAGGAAAAGAGAGCCCUCUAUACAGAGCUCCAGGAGAUGCAGCGAGUUCUUACAGACCUUGAUGGCCAACUCUGCGAGGCAAGAGCAGUGACCGAGGCGCUGAGAGCAGAGAGUGUGGCGGUCAGCCAGAAGCCUCUCUCGGACAACACCUGCUUGAGACUGAAGAAGCAGCUGGAAGUGUUUAAGGAGGACGAGUUGGAGCUGCUCAGAGAGGCGCUCAUCUCCGAGAGGCAGUUCCUGCAGUCGGUAAUGACUCUCAUCCCGCUCUCGUUGACACUCAUUAGACACCAUUGACCUCGCUAGGCCUGAUUUUCUGCUUUCUGUUUCCUCCCUGUAGAAACUGUCUCAGAGGAGCAGUCCAGAAGUUUUACAUAGCCUGCUGGCUCACAAAGACUUUAAAGGCAAGUCAAAAAGCCGUUUUGUGUAACUACUUGGGUAGACUAUGACCCCUGCAGACCUUUCCAAUCACAAAGUGCUGUAUAUGCAACCAGCUGUAAAUGAGGGCAAGCUGACCUCUAGUGGAUUUGAUAGAAGUUGCAGAGGAUUGUUUUCGAUGAAUCCAAAAUUACAAUAAUCUUUAUGCACACAGAUUUUAUUCAUUGCUUUUAUUUAUUCAUUUAUUUUGUCAAUAAAAAUGAAUUGCAGCAUAGAGAGUAUUGUC